UGCUGUGACGUUUCCCGACGCGCUUUCCUUUUUGCGUCUUCCGGAACGAUUCGAGACGCGAAUCUAAAAAUUUCCCCUUUAUUCUUGCGCUUCAAUGUCUCAAUUCCCCACUUCCCAGGACAAUGACUUUCCAUCAUUCGGUCGUGCAGAUCGUUGCAUCGAUUCGCAGAUUCGGCAUCUCAUAAUUUCAAGCACUCUGUAAAUUCCGAUUCGAGAAUCCAGGGGCAGGGGUUUUUUGAUUUCUCGCAUUCAGUUUUUCGGUGUGGUUUUGGUUGAAACUCGUGUUAAGUUUUCUUGGGCUAGCGUUUGUUGUCUGCGAGGGAAGCUAGGGUUUCCAAAAUAGCUGCUGGCAUCAUCGACGAGGCAUAAGGAAAGCGACGUCUUUUGACAUUUUGAUGGUCAAGGUAUUGCCGGUGGGCAUCGGAGGAAGCAGGAGUGGCCUGCAUUGGUAGCUGAUAAACUGGAGUUCUCGCGAUGCUGGCGUUGAACCGGAAUGGCAUUAAUUUUUCUAGCUGUUUAUUGCAUUUGUCUGAAUGGCACCCGUUGCAAUAGCGAAGCUGAUUAGGGCUUGAAGCCCUUUUCCCUCAUAUUUAUUUAUUUUUCUCCUUCAGUAACCAGGCUUUGGGGGAUACUGUUUACUUUUUGUUGAUGCGAAUUGAUAUUCUUAACCCUGAGGCUCGGGUUUGUCAUGUUUAGUAAUAACUAUUCUCUUGCAAGAGUGAAAGAAAUGGGCUGCUGUGGUUGUUUUGGGUUCAGCAGAAAGGCCAAGAAAUUAUUGAAACCCAUUCCGAGCUCAAAUAAUUGUCUUUCCCAGGAGUUAUUGUUGGAUGAAGAUAUAGAGGAUGAUGAAGAUUAUUGUUCAUAUAAUGGUGAAGAUACUAAUACUGGAAAUGUAGAUGAUGAUGAGUUGCAAGGACGAACAAAACGUUCAGAAGAAAUUCUCAUGAUCAGAGCUCAAAAUGGACUGAUUUGCAGAGAAUUUCCUGUCAAAGAGACCAAUAAAAUUUUUCGUUCUGAGGAUGAAAAUGGGAACAAGAUGGUCAAUGAAUAUGUUCGUGAGUGUAAGAUUGGUUCUGGGAGCUAUGGAAAAGUGGUUCUAUAUCGUAGCUGUAUAGAUGGAAAGCAUUAUGCAAUUAAGGCCUUUCACAAGUCUCAUUUAUUAAAGUUGAGAGUUGCACCUUCAGAGACUGCCAUGACUGAUGUUCUUCGGGAGGUUUUAAUUAUGAAAAUGUUGAACCAUCCUAAUAUAGUAAAUCUCAUUGAGGUGAUUGAUGACCCAAACACAGAUCACUUCUACAUGGUUCUUGAAUAUGUGGAAGGCAAAUGGGUCUGUGAGGGUGCUGAUCCACCAGCUGGCUUAGGUGAAACUACUGCAAGAAAGUACUUGCGUGAUAUAAUUUCUGGAUUGAAGUACCUCCAUGUUCAUAAUAUUGUUCAUGGAGACAUUAAACCUGAUAAUCUUUUGGUUACCCGGACUGGUACAGUGAAGAUAGGGGAUUUCAGUGUCAGUCAGGCGUUUGAGGAUGAGAAUGACGUGCUUCGCCGCUCUCCUGGGACUCCUGUUUUUACUGCUCCUGAAUGCUGUUUAGGUUUAACUUAUCAUGGCAAAGCUGCGGACACAUGGGCAGUGGGAGUCACCUUGUACUGCAUGGUGUUGGGACAGUAUCCAUUUCUUGGAGAUACUCUGCAGGAUACAUAUGACAAAAUUGUUAAUAACUCAUUAGAUCUGCCAGAUGGUAUUAACCCAGAGCUGAAAGAGUUAAUAGAAGGGCUUCUCUGCAAAGACCCAAAGCAGAGGAUGACAUUGGAUGCUGUUGCAGAACAUGUCUGGGUCAUUGGAGAGGAAGGGCCCAUACCCCAGUAUUUAUGUUGGUGUAGGCGCAAUAAUAGCCUGGAGAAAGGAAGUACAGGAGAGCAGAACAGAUUAGGAAGUGCAUGAGAGGACAGAUUUGUUUACGCGAGCCAUACUAACAAAGAAAUAUUUUUAUCUUCAUAUUUUUGUAUAGUAGAGAAGCCAUGAAUGAGGUUUUGAUGUCGUCGUCGUCAUCAUCAUCAUCAAGUGGCAUAUCGCAUUACUGGUGAGCGAACUUGAAAACACUAGGGUUGUGAUAGCUGUAAGACUUAUUGGGUGUUUUGAAAAAAUUCUAGUGGCUUAAGGACAAUGCUUCCUUUUUUAAUGAUUG